GCACGGUUUUUCUGCGUUGCCAUGGGGUUUUGUGGAACCUAUUGACUGCGAUAGGGUCUUUUCUUUGGGUCUGUCUUUGUGGAGGAGGAGGAGGAGGAAAGAAACCGCUAUUACUUUUUUUUUCCUCCUUACAGAGGCGCAGGAGGAGGAGGAGGGAGCGAUAGUAGCAUCCAAGGGAGGAGGAAGAGGAGGAGGAGGAGGAGGAAGAGGGGAGGCUCUCCGGUUCAGACCAACUGCGAGGCUAAGCGGCGUUACGUUCCCAGUCAAACCUCCCUCUGCCCCUCUUCUUCCAGCGGUGGAGGAAAAAAAAAAAUUCAACUUUUGUGAACGGCUGCCCACGACAUGAGUUGCACCUGAGGGGGUCUGCUGGGAGGGCAGCAGUGCUGUAUGUCCAGAGGCUUCCCGUGGGACCUCAUUACAUCGUGUUGGGCUCCGUUGGGUACUGUAAGUGGACUGUUGGGACUCCCAAACCAGUGCAGCUCUAGGUACCGCAUCUUCGGCGCACCAGAGAAAUGAACUAAGGACGUGAAGGAGAGCACUCUACUGUUGAGAACAUCUGAGAUCUUACACUGAAGCCAUGUGGUUGCAGAGGAGCCCAGGACUGGCCGCUGUGCAGGCCGUGGUCAUCUGUAUUUGUGCCUUUCAUGCGACUACAGCUAUGGACAUCCCACUAGAAGUUUUAGGUCACGUAAACAUUGAGCAGCUGCCCACCAUCACGGCUCAGUCGCCCAGCUCUCUCAUCGCCUUCCCUUUUGAUGAGAGCUUCCCCAUGACGUGUGAAGCCAAAGGGAAUCCCGAGCCAGAAUUCAGAUGGACGAAGAAUGGCCAGGAAUUCGACCCCUCUCUAGACCCCCGCCUGAUGAAAGAAGAGCAUUCUGGGACCUUUGUGAUACCUAAUAAUGGGAACCUUACAGAGUACCAGGGAACCUAUCGCUGUUUCGCCUCAAACAAACUGGGGACUGCCAUAUCGAAGGAGAUUGAGUUCAUUGUGCCCAAUGUUCCAAAAUUCCCUAAAGAGACACCUGCUCCUGUCGUUGUGGAGGAGGGUCAGCCUUUUACUUUGAAAUGUGACCCACCCAAUGGUAUACCUCCUCUACAGAUCUACUGGAUGACUAUCAAUCUCCAGCACAUUGAACAGGAUGAGAGAGUGUCUAUGGGUUUGAAUGGAGACCUUUACUUUUCUCACGCCGUGGAGAAGGACAGCAGGCGAGACUACUGCUGCUUCGCCCACUUCCCAAGAAUACGAACCAUCGUUCAGAAGAACGCCAUGUCUGUCAUAGUCAAGACAAGAAAAGGUGACAGUCCUGAAAGUGCUAAUGCAAUUCUGGAGAGAAGACCCUCUCUUCUGAUGCCCUCUGGUGGAAAGUCAGAGAAACAGCUGGUCAAAGGAGAGGAUUUGAAACUGGAGUGCAUUGCUGAAGGAUAUCCAACUCCACAGGUCGAGUGGGUGAAGAUGGACCGCCAACUUCCUGUUAAAGCAACACUGGAGAGUCAUGGGAAAUUGCUGAUUGUGCCAAGAGUAGAACAGAAAGACAGUGGGAAGUACAUGUGCAAGGCAAAGAACCCGCUUGGAGAAGCUUUCCAUUACUUCACAGUCACAAUCGAAGAACCUCCAGAGUGGGUGUUUGAGCCGGAGAGUCAGCUCAGUAUGAUCGGCUCCGAUGUGUUCAUCAAGUGCUCCGCCAGCGGGUCUCCUCGGCCAACGACUACAUGGAGGGUGAACGGCGUACCCCUGCAGGAAUCUCCAGCAGCCAACAGGAAGGCAUUUGACGAUACCAUAGUUUUGCAUAACGCCAAACCCUCUGACAGUGCAGUCUAUCAGUGUGAGGCCUCAAACAGGCAUGGAACCCUUCUGUCCAAUGCAAACAUCAUGAUAAUGAAUCUGCCCCCUAUGAUUUUGACCAACAACGGGGAAGAUUACUCUGCCGUGGAGGGAAAGGGAGUCAUGAUGCACUGCAAGGUUUUCAGCUCUCCUCCAUCCACAAUCUCUUGGAGCAAAGACGACUCCUCUGAAUCUGUGGAGGGACCCAGGUUUACCGUUCAUGACAACGGGUCGCUAGAGGUCUACAACGUAGAGAAAGGCGACAUGGGACAGUACACAUGUUUGGCUAAAAACACAGAGGGAUCAUCUGCCAUCGACGCCAUGCUGUAUGUAAAAGAUCCCACUAGAAUAGUCGUGGCCCCGGAGGACCGGCAGAUCUUAAUAGGUACCAUGGCCCAGCUCUCAUGCCUGGCAGAGUACGACAAGUCCUUCAGCAACGACUUUGAGCUCCUGUGGGAAAAAGACGAUAUGGAGAUAACCCUCAACUACACUGAGAAUUCAAGAUACCUUGUGGAGGAUGGUACUCUUCACAUUGUCAACGUGAGCCACAGAGACCAGGGUGUGUACACAUGUGUGGCAAAGACUCCAGUGGACCAUGACACGGCCUCAGCCCUGAUCAUGGUGUUAGAUGUCCCAGAUGCACCUGAGAACUUGGUACUGUCUGAACACAAGAGCAAAAGUGUGAAACUGAAAUGGAUCCCUGGGGACGAUCACAACAGCUCAACCACAGAGUUUAUUAUCGAUUAUGAGGAAAGCAAGUGGGAGCCAGGCAACUGGAAAGAACUGCUCCGAGUACCAGGCAACCACAACUCGGCCGUCCUCAAACUCCACGGUCACGUCGACUAUCGCUUCCGUGUGUCUGCUGUGAACGAUGUAGGGAAGGGUCCUCCCAGUCAGCCAACAGAGAGAUACAAAACUCCCCCGGCAGCCCCUGACAAGAACCCUGAAAAUAUCAAAAUCGAAGGUCAUUUGCCACAUGAAAUGGAUAUCAACUGGGAGCCCCUGUUACCCAUUGAGCACAAUGGUCCCGGUCUAGAGUAUAAGGUGAGUUACAGACGGCAGGAUGUGGAGGAGGACUGGAAGGAGCACACAGUGAAGAGACACUCGUUUGUGGUCAGGAACACUCCCACCUUUGUGCCCUACGAAAUCAAGAUCCAAGCCAAGAACCAUCAGGGCUGGGGCCCCGAACCCAAGAUAGUGACCGGCUACUCAGGAGAGGACUCUUUCUUCUGGACUUGUCCUCAGGAGGUCACCUCAGUUCCCUCUGCUGCACCUGAUGAUGUAGCUGUGGAGGUGAUGAACGGCUCAGUGGUCAAGGUUAGCUGGACACGAGUACACAAGGACAAGUUACAUGGACAUCUGGGAGGCUACAGGAUAAACUGGUGGCGUCUGCGCACUCUGGUGGACUCAAAGAAAAGCCACGGAGACAAACACGCUCUGACGUUCCCCGGGGAUCGCAGCCACGCCAUGGUGCCUGGACUAACGCCCUUCUCUGAGUACAGCCUCAUAGUCAUGACCUUCAACGGGCGGGGCAACGGCCCAGGCAGCCAUCCCGUCAACUUCAAAACCCCAGAGGGAGUCCCGGAGAAAAAUCCUGUUUUCAGGGUCACAGAUGUACAGAGGCACACCGUUUCUUUGGUUUGGGACCCGCCGAUGGAACCUAAUGGAAUUCUCACUGGGUAUCUUCUUGAGUACCAGCUCAUCAACGACACAGAGGAAGUGGGGCCCCUGCAAACGAUAGACAUCAGCAAUCCCGACACCACCAAGUGGAUCCUGCGUGAUCUGGAGCCUGUUAGCAAAUACAAGUUCUACCUGCGUUCCUGCACCACGGUGGGCUGCGGGCCUGUUGUCAGCGAAGAGUGCACCACCACCCUAGAAACAACUUCCAUUUUGGCUUCCACUGUCGGUCUCAGCAAGUCAGCUCUCCCCUCACCUCCAAGCACUCCAAAGUCCCCAGUGACCAAACCCACUCGUUCCACUAUAGUUCCGGUCCUGUUGAAUGUUAGCUCAGCUGUUAGCGACAGCUCUGCAAAUAUCAGCUGGAUAUCUGGAGGAGAGCACACACAGUUUUACAUUGCAUAUAUGAACCACCGUGAGGGUCACUGGAAGAUAUCAGAGGCCUUAGACACCUCUAAGACUUUCCACGUCAUUGACGGACUCAAACCUGAGACCAAGUACACUGUGCGCCUUGUUCCUAACAGCUGGGUUGAUAAUUCUAGCAUAUUUGAAGAUGUUAUCACAACCGGGUCUACAGGUCUGGCCAGCAUCCACGGAGGAAUAUCAACCCAGGGCUGGUUCAUCGGCCUGAUGUGUGCCAUCGCUGUCCUCACUCUCAUUGUGUUGAUCGCCUGCUUUGUCAACAGAAAUAAAGGAGGAAAGUAUUCCGUAAAAGAAAAAGAAGACCUUCACCCAGACGUGGAGUCCCAGGGCAUGAAUGACGACACAUUUUGUGAAUACAGUGACAACGACGAGAAGCCACUGAAGGGCAGCCAGCACUCGCUGAGCAGGGAGAUCAAAGCCGGGGACAGCGGGGACAGCCUGGUGGACUACGGCGACGAGGAUGCUCAGUUCAACGAAGACGGCUCCUUUAUCGGCGAGUACGCAGGGCGAAAGGAGAAGAGGGCGUCCACCGAGAUCAAAGCCACCGUUCAGACCUCGGCAUGAGGAGCGGAAACGCCACCCAUCUUCCCCCGGACGCCGUUCUCAUUAAACCUGCUGGGAGGAACAAAUGAAAGAGGAAACAGACAUUAUCCACACGAGUUUUGUGUCAAAUGUAAUGCGUCAUUGCCAACUGCACACUGCCAUUCUCAUUUUAUAAAGCUCUGUUUUGUCAAGUUGCAACAGAAUGACCAUUACUAAAUACUUUGUAUAUAUAGUGUAUAUUGUAUGUGCGGAGUGUCUUUUUUUUAUAAUUAUUAUUACAUAAAAAUUUAGACAAUUUGAAUUUUCUUUCUUUUUUUUUCUUUCCAUUACUUCAGCUGCAGUCCUGUUUGUACAAAUUUUAGGAAUAUUUCACUCCCCAUUGCACAUCAUUAAAUGCAGCUUUGCCUCUGAUGUCACCUUGUAGCAGGCCACAGAAAUGUGGGGAUAUCAAGUUGAUAUUUUUCAAUUGGAGCAUAUAUUACUGACCUUUUAUAUUUGAAAUGGAUUCAUUAAAUAUGAUGUAAGAUGUGUAUAAAGGUUUGUUUAUUAACUUAUUUUUUCCCAGUGGUUUUAUACCUAUCAAAAAAACUAGCAAAUUCACAUAUCAUUGCAUAUUAUCAUAAACACUGAUUCUUAAGUCAUCUUCCUGUGAUGUUAGAAGGAAAUAUUAUUUUAUUUUUCCUGUAUCAUGAGAGUUUAGAUCCAUUAGACUAAAUUAGCCCAACACACAUUACUGCUGAAUUUAAAAGAAAAGCAAAACAAUGUAAUCCAUUACAGGUCAAUGUUUACCAGAUCAAGAAAUUUCUAAUUGAAUUUUUCAUUAAAAUGUAUAAACUAUUUUGAUUUCAAACUGGAGCAUUUACGAGUGAAAACAGGUUUUUAGAUAAACAUUUUAUAGUGCUAUGGAUGCUAAUAGCUAGCAUAGCAAAUGCCAGAAGGGGUAUUAGUUUUGCAAGUACUCACCUGCUACUUAAAAAAAUUACUUUGACAUUCUUGCAUUUGAGUUAAAUGAACGGAUCUAUACACAUUUUAUAAUUGUAUGCUAAAUAUCAAUUACUAUGAAGGUAAAUAUGAAGCUAGCAGCCUGUUAGCACAAAGUCUGGACAUGGGGUAACAGCUCACUUUGCUUGUUCCAUUUGUGGAAAAACAAAAAAGUACCCCAUUAAUAUACACAAAUAGGACAUAAGGUGUUAUUUUUUAUUUUUUUUUAGAUGGUUGUAGGUGUAUGUCGCUAACUGCAGAGAGCCAGGAUAGCAGUUUUCUUCCAUUUCCAGUUAAGCUAAGCUGACUAGCUAACCUACUGCUUGCUGGCGUACACGAGAGCAGUAUUGAUCUUUUCAUUUAACUCCUUUUACAUGAGUGCAUAUGCCUACUUCUGAAAAUGCAAACUAUUUCUAUUAUUACAUUUGCAACAUUUUGAAGGACUUUCGUAGAGAAAUAUUUCAUAUUUUCAAUUAAAAUGAAAGCAGCAGAAGUUGAGAUAUAUACAUUUUUGUACAAGUCCGAAGUCCCAAAAUACAGGAUCCUACAUUCCCAUAAUGCAUUUUUAUGUCCAGUUCUUCCAAGCUUUACAUUAUACAUUUGUAGUCUCCAAGUCAAAGCUGAGUAAAUCCUGAAGACAUCGCUACAACAUCAUCAGGGUUAUUUUCUCAGUCUUGACAAAGCUGAGGAUGAGCGCCUGUAAUGGAUUUAGCCUUUUAUUGUAAUCAGAUUACUUCAUCUGGUUGCGUGAUAUGUGACAUCCACCCACCCUGCUGAUUCAAUAUGCUGUAGUGAAGUGUUACAUCAGUCUUAACAAGCCUUACUUUCAACACACUGCCAUCCAGAACACACUCAGUCUAUUGUUCCACGUUAACAUUAGCAACAUGAUCAGAAAAAUUGCAAUGUUUUGUAAAAAAUUCAGUCAUUGCAUGUUACGAAUGUUAAUUGGUGUUUUUCGAUGUCAUUAAAUUGCUUUACUUUCCUA